UUCUGAGUUGUCUUUGCCUGUUCUUGGCGCUCCAGGUCCCGGUUCGCCUCUGCGCCCCGGGCUUUGACGGCGAGGCAGGGUCCCAAACCUGAGUCUGGAGAGGAGCAGGGGUAUCAGUGGCAGCUUGAGUUGCCCCUUCAAGACCAGGGCUGUAGCUCUGACGUGUAGCCAGCUGUGCCGGGUGCAACAGUCCUGGUCCCCGGUUCUUCCCAGUGUAUGUGUGUUUUGUGGUGGGAGAGGAAGAAGGUAACCCAAGGAAAAUGAGAGGCCUGAGACUGAGGGCUGUCGGCUUGGGGAGGGGGAGGAAAUGUCUGUUUACUUAUCGUGUGGGGACAAUUUAGCAGGAGAAAGGAACUUGGAGAGAUGUGUGGGAGAUCUAGAGGGAGUGUAUGUGUUGUUAGACCCCGAAAAAUCCACUCUGCCGGUGAUCAUGGGGGUGGGGCGCGUCAAGUACCAGACCCAGGGUUCCGGCUUCCAGUCCUCCAGGAGGGAGAAGUAUGGCAACGUAUUCAAGACACACUUGCUCGGGCGGCCGCUGAUCCGGGUGACCGGCGCGGAGAAUGUGCGCAAGAUUCUCAUGGGCGAACACCACCUCGUGAGCACCGAGUGGCCGCGCAGCACUCGCAUGCUGCUGGGUCCCAACACGGUGGCCAACUCCAUUGGCGACAUCCACCGCAACAAGCGCAAGAUCUUCUCGAAGAUCUUCAGCCAUGAGGCCCUGGAGAGCUACCUGCCCAAGAUCCAGCUGGUCAUCCAGGACACACUCCGAGCCUGGAGCAGCCAGCCCGAGGCCAUCAAUGUGUACCAAGAGGCGCAGAAACUCACCUUUCGCAUGGCCAUCCGGGUGCUGCUGGGCUUCAGUAUUCCUGAAGAGGAACUUGGGCACCUCUUUGAGGUCUACCAGCAAUUUGUGGACAAUGUUUUCUCUCUGCCUGUCGACCUGCCCUUCAGUGGCUACCGGCGGGGCAUUCAGGCUCGGCAGAUCCUGCAGAAGGGGCUGGAAAAGGCCAUCAGAGAGAAGUUGCAGUGCACACAGGGCAAGGACUACUCAGAUGCACUGGACAUCCUCAUUGAGAGCAGCAAGGAGCAUGGGAAGGAGAUGACCAUGCAGGAGCUAAAGGAUGGGACACUGGAACUGAUAUUCGCGGCCUAUGCCACCACGGCCAGCGCCAGCACCUCACUCAUCAUGCAGCUGCUGAAGCACCCAGCUGUGCUGGAGAAGCUGCGGGAGGAACUGCGGACCCAGGGCAUCCUGCACAGUGGCGGCUGCCCCUGUGAAGGCACCCUGCGCCUGGACACGCUGAGCGGGCUGCGCUACCUGGACUGCGUUAUCAAGGAGGUCAUGCGCCUUUUCACACCCAUUUCUGGCGGCUACCGGACUGUGCUGCAGACCUUCGAGCUGGAUGGUUUCCAGAUUCCCAAAGGCUGGAGUGUCAUGUACAGCAUCCGGGAUACCCAUGACACGGCACCUGUGUUCAAAGACGUGAACGUGUUCGACCCUGAUCGCUUCAGUCAGGCACGGAGCGAAGACAAGGAUGGCCGCUUCCAUUACCUCCCAUUCGGCGGUGGCGUCCGGACCUGCCUGGGCAAGCACCUGGCCAAGCUCUUCCUGAAAGUGCUGGCGGUGGAGCUGGCCAGCACCAGCCGCUUUGAGCUGGCCACCCGGACCUUCCCCCGCAUCACCUUGGUCCCCGUCCUGCACCCCGUGGAUGGCCUCAGUGUUAAGUUCUUUGGCUUGGACUCCAACCAGAACAAGAUUCUGCCAGAGACCGAGGCCAUGCUGAGCGCCACUGUGUAGUAGUGGUUCUCAGGCCCACGGCCAGCCUCAGUCAGCCCACGUGGAGUGGGGGCAGUGGAGGUAGAAACCUGUGUGUGGGAGGGGGUCACCAGGGAGGGCCAGCGGCCCCCAUACUCGCCCUGCUCUGGUCCCCUUCUUGGAAAACCCUACUCAACACCAAAAAGGCCCCGUCUUUUCUGGGGAUGGGGCUCUCCUGGCCCCUGCUCUCUCCAGUGUCUCCCCGCUUCCCAGCAGCUUAGCUCUUGGGAAUGGCCUGGCCAGGCUUUGCAUGCCGCUCCAGUGUUACGCGUUAGCGGGCUGUGCCUCAGUGUGUGCUUGCGACCUUCUGACCUGGGCCUUCCCUCCCUUGUCUUCUAGCUGGCAGCCAGGUGGUGGUGCUGGGGCAGCGAGGGAAGAGGCCCCCCAACCUUGGCUCUUUCUUCAGCUCCCCGGCCCCUCCUGCCACUGCUCAGACAGUGCCCCUGGCGCUGUGGCUGCUGAAGAGCAGUGUCCUUAGGUCACCCAUCACUAGUCAACCUGGCUGUGCAGGGGGCGCCAGGGCCCGGAGAGCACCCCUGUCCAGCCCUGCCAGUUUGGACAUUUGAAAUUACCUAUUGCUGCUACGUGUACUCUCCUCUGAUCUUGGGGCACAGAAGCCUCAGGCCUGUUCCCCAGCAUACUCCCUGGUGGCCCUGGGCAGGUGCACUGACAUCCCUACCUUUCUCCAAGAUGGGAAUCCACUGAGCCAGGCCUUUCCCUGCUCUAAUUACCCAAGCAAGGCCCUGGGCUCAUGGGAACCUGCGCCUCGCUAGUCUCGGCCCUAUCGAGGUCUGGAACAAACACCUGCAUCCCCUUAGCUUCUGUCUCAGCUGUCCCUCUGCAGGGCAUCUGGGAACAAAGAGGAAAGGGUUGCUGGUCAAACCGAGCCCCUUAUCUUCUUGGCUGAGGGUUGAACAGCACUCCCCACCCCUGGGGGGCUCCAGACAGGCUAUUUGAUUUAAUCUCAGAGCCUCACUGCGCGACUGCCAUCCUGUGUCUGUGCCUGUUUCCCCUGCUGGAGAUGGGAAGGUGGCUCAUUUUUUCCUCCCUGCCCUAUUAAAAGCCCUGAGAGGCUGCCACAAUUUCCAGUUUGGCCACUCUUCACCCCAAUGCCCCCUGCUCCACUAGUGAGUAUGGAGAAGGAUACGGGUUCUCUUCUGAUGGGCUCCAGAGCCUCUGUCUUCCUUUCCUGACUUUGCUGUUUGCCCUUAGCCCUUGGCAAGGUGUCCUUGCCGUCCCUUCCACCUCUGUGCCACUGUCUGCUUGAGCCCAGCUCUGGGUGUGGGGAGGAGGCGAAAGCAAAGCCCAGGCGAGGUAGGGGUGGCCCUUCCUCAGCACUGACUCGGGCCUGUGUGGUCUGGAGGCUGCGGGGAGGCUGCCCUGAGCUGAGGAGGAGGAGGGUACGUGAGGUGAGGUGUGUCAGGAGUGAUUUGGUGGCGGACAUGACUGUUCAAAGCAAAAUAGCUCCCGCCCCUGACAUUUUGAGAGUUGGCAGUUUGGGACACGUCCUGGCAAUGGUUUGGGGCCUUUGGUGAGUCUCUAAGCAAUUUUGUCUGUUUUCAGAUUUUUCUUUGCUUUUUGUGUUUCUCUGUUGUUUUUUGACAUUGUAAUAGCAAUGAAUCCUGUUUUCAAGAAAACCCAGAACAGGAGACCACAGCAAAUGCCUGUCCCCAGCUCAGUUCCUCCACCGUGGUGUCCAGGGGUGAACCCCCAACAGACCCGCUUGCAACUCUCUGCAGGGCGACUUUCAGGCUUUACAGACAGCCCCGAGUGUCCUGUAAUCCCCCACUCCCACAUACAUUUGUUCUCUACUUUUCACUACUAAAACAGCGAGUGUGGAACAGGUAUUAUUGGCAAAAGCAUUUAAUUUUUUUUAAGCUGCAAAAAUCUCCUAAUUCCCCCUCCCAGUUCUGAAAGACAAAAUACGUAAAGGCCAAAAUGUGUAAAGACUCAUCAAAGCAUGCGAAGUAGCUCUGGAGUCCAGCAGGAUCUGUUACUCUUACAAAGAGCUGAGGGUCCGGGAGGUUCAGGUCUCUAAGCUGCUCCCGUUUACCCUGAACCAUCGAUGCUGACUGAGUAGCUGGGAGCACGGCAAGGGUGGCCGUGGUGAGGGGAGGGGCUGGAAGGUUCUGGAACCCUUCAGUGGUCUUCUGCGGAGUGGCCUGGGGAAGGGAAUGGAGAAGGAAAAGUGGAAGGGAUCCCUGUGAAGGAGGAAGGAAGGGUCAUUUGCCCCACGGGGUCUAAAGGCAACAUGGAGAGCAGUGAGGAAAGCUCUUGACCGGCCUGCAGGACCCCGCUGGGGCCACGCCUCCGUCCCCUCUGUAGAUCUGUGUUGAGGUCUCUGUGUCCCUGUGUUGUGUGUGUGUGUGUGUUCCACAGCAGUGGCAGUAGAUGAGUGACCCUUUCUCACUUACCAUUCCUAACUAUCGUAACUUGAUAUUAAAAAAAGACAAAACCCCACAAAAUUCCUGCCAUGGGCUUGCAGAAUGAAGCACUUUCGAUGUUGGGCGCUGAUGUUUAUGUUCUGGGCACCAACCUGACCCUGCCCGGAACACUAUAAUAUUAUUUUAUACACAAAACUUUUUUUUUCAUAAAUGUUAUAAUUUUGUGUCUGUCUUUAUAAACUAUUAUAAGUACUAUUUUUGUUAUAAUUCAAAAUAGAUAUUUAGUAUAAAGUUUUUGCUGUUAAAUAUUUGUUAUUUAGUAAAAUAUGAAUUUUUCUCUAUUGUAAACAUGGUCAAAAUAUUAAUAUGUUUUUAUCACAGUUGUUUUAAUAUUGAAAAAGCACUCGUGUGUUUUGUUUUGAUAUGAAACUGGUGCCGUGUGUUUUGCUGUCAUGUGGUUUUAGUCUGUAUAUAAUAUUCCACGUUACAUAUUAAAAAUGAAUGUUGUGCAUUUUGUGAUUUUGGAAAUACUCAAAGUGGCUCUUUUAUAGGCUUCCAUAAUAAACCGUGGGGACUCAC